UCCACAUGCAUGGCUCGCUACUAACACUGCAAACAUUCAUUCACUCCCAGCCGCUGGUCAGGGCUACAUCAGUCAUCACAACAGGUUUUAAAAAAAACAAUCGGCGGGCGUGAUGCUCGCCACCCGACCUGAUUAAAAGAAGGAGACACAGAGAUAUCUCCACACCCCAAAGAUCCUGAUGGGACCUCUUCGUUUAAGCUCUGUGCUCUGUUUGCAAGCCAUGGCAUUUGCUUUCUCCGCACUUGGUGCCACCCUGCCUACAGUGAGCAUUGGAGUGCCUACUGACCAUGGGGCUCAAGUCCAGGAAUGGUGAUGGUGAUGGCUCUGGCUCUGGCAAGAAACUGCGGGUGGGUUUCGCCGCUGACCCCGAGCCCGGGGUAGUGGGACUGGGGCUGAGCUCCGGAGGAGACCGUGACGGCGCUCUGCUCCUGGAAGGACGGAGCAAAGGAGACAGCAGAGCGGGAGCCAAGCAAAGUCUGAGCCUGCUGACCAAGCCGCUGAGCAGCCGGCCAAGCAAGAGGAAAGCAACCUACAGAAAACUGCAGAACUUUAUCUACGAUGCGCUGGAAAGACCCGGAGGAUGGGCUCUGGUCUAUCACGCCUUCGUAUUUUUGUUAGUCCUCGGGUGCUUAAUCCUGGCCAUUUUGUCAACAUUUAUUGAAUACGAGACACUCUCACAAGAAUGGCUCCUAAUACUGGAAGCUGUUACCAUCGUGGUAUUUGGCUUAGAGUUUUGUCUCAGGGUCUGGGCAGCUGGCUGUUGCUGUCGGUACAGGGGAUGGAGAGGCCGCCUGAAAUUUGUCAGAAAGCCGUUAUGUAUUCUAGAUAUCAUCGUCUUGAUUGGUUCUGUGGUGAUUGUUGCGGUGGGGACUUUGCAGAACAUUGUGGCGACAUCCCUACGAAGCUUGCGUUUUCUACAAAUACUCCGCAUGUUGCGGAUGGACCGAAGAGGAGGCACAUGGAAACUUUUAGGUUCCGCAAUUUGUUCACACAGCAAGGAACUCAUCACUGCCUGGUAUAUCGGAUUUCUAUCACUCAUUCUGGCCUCCUUUCUCGUUUACCUGGUUGAAAAAGAUGAUAAUGCCAGAAACAGUACUCAAGACUUCAAUACCUAUGCAGAUGCACUGUGGUGGGGUUUGAUUACCCUGACUACAAUUGGCUAUGGUGACAAGACUCCAAAGACUUGGGCAGGUCGUCUGUUAGCUGCAACGUUUGCUCUUGUAGGAGUGUCAUUCUUUGCUUUGCCGGCUGGCAUUCUUGGCUCAGGGCUGGCUCUUAAGGUUCAGGAGCAGCAUCGCCAAAAGCAUUUUGAGAAAAGAAGAAAUCCUGCAGCAAGCUUGAUCCAGACUGCAUGGAGAUUUUAUGCCACCAACCUCAACAGGAAUGAUCUUGCUGCCACAUGGAGAUACUACGAAACUGUCAUUGCAAUUCCUUUCUUCAGAAAAGAUCAAGGGGAUGAAGCUACCAGCCAGAAGCUGAGUCUCUUGGAACGUGUUCGCAUUUCCGGUCCUAAAGGUGCCAAUGUAAAGAGCAAGCAAUUUACACUAGGCGGUGAGGGAGUAGAAGAUAGUCCUUCAAAAGACCAGAAGAGUUUGGGUUUCAGUGACCUUCGAGCUGCAGUUCGCAUUAAAGCUUUUGGAUUCAGACAAAGCUCAGAAGAUGCUGCUGAGGUGGAACAAGAACCUGAGGACAAGGCUUACCAAUCUGAUCUCAUGGAAGACUUGAUCCCUACACUGAAAACUGUUAUCAGGGCUACCAGUAUCAUGAAAUUUUUCCUCAACAAGAAAAAAUUCAAGGAGACUUUACGACCUUAUGAUGUGAAGGAUGUUAUUGAACAAUACUCAGCAGGACAUUUGGAUAUGCUUUCAAGAAUAAAAUAUCUACAGUCCAGGAUUGAUAUGAUUCUUGCACCUGCACCUCCAUCAACUCCAAAGCAGAAAAAAACAAGCCUAAAAGGAGGUUUUGUAUAUCCUUUUCAACAGUCACCCAAAAUUGACCCUGAUGUAGCUAAAGCUUCUGAUCCAGAGGCUGAAGACCAAAGUAUGAUGGGAAGAUUUGUCAAGGUUGAAAGACAGGUAGAAGGAAUGGAGAAGAAGAUUGACUUCCUCGUGGACAUGCACAUUCAGCAGAUGAAUACUCAGCAUUCUGCGUCAACUGGGUAUUAUUCAGCAAGAGGGGCAGGGCCGUCCACUAGGCAAAGUCCAGUUAAUGACAAAGUGGAAGACAAAUACUCUGAAAUUAAAAGAGUCAUCUCAAACUAUUCUGAUUCCUGCACCUACAUGGUGCCUCAAAAUUGUUAUCAAGUCCAAGUUUCUUCUGUUGCUCCUUUUGGUUUCUUCAGACAGAAUACAGGAAGUACAAAGUUUACAUCUUUAGCUGCUGAUUUAUCAAGAUUUCCUCCACCUCCUGCUCCAUCAUACACAGAAAGACCAACAGUUCUUCCAAUCUGUUCAUUGACAGACACGCAAGAUAAUGUAUGCCCCAGCUAUCAAGGAGGAGAGUUAACAAGUCCUUUCUCAGACAGAAUAACAGUGAGACAAGGGAGAAGCACAAGAGACAGUGAUACUCCCAUCUCUCUCCUUUCAGUCAACCAUGAAGAACUGCAGCGAUCUCCCAGUGGUUUCAGCAUCUCUCAGUCAAAGGAUGACUUGACUUUUGGAUUUUAUGGGGGAGGAAGUUGGCCAAAAUCAAAACUUUAUUUAGCAGAGGGCGAAACAGACACAGAUACCGAUCCUUACACACCAUGUGGUUCUGCGCCUCUAUCUUCUACAGGGGAAGUACUUCCUGACAAUAUAUGGUCUACAUCAAAUAAACCAGUUUAGCAGUGGUUACUGGUUGACAUAUGUACAGUUGCUAUAAAAAAAGUCACAUUCCUUGCUUUAUGCAAAACAUCCAGAGCUUAUUGUUACAUGAUCCACUGACAACAUUGCAUGAAAUGCAUGGGCAUAAUGCUAGACAACUGUUAACAUUUUCAAUAUUCCAGAAGCAAUUUUUUUCAUAAAUAAAUUUUGGAAGUUGUAAAGAUUUGCAUGUUAGUGCAUGAGCAAUUUGAACCGUAUUAAUAACAAAGCUACAUCUCUUCUGUGUUAUUGUAUAGUAAUUAUGUAAUUUUAAUCCCUACAAUAUAUGUGGGUUAGAAUCUAUGCAGAAAGUUAUUAGGUACAUUUGUUUUUAACAGUGCUUUGACCUGCAAAUAGACUCUCAAAGAGACAGUGUUCCUUUCAUUAGCCUAACUAACAUGAUGGGUUUUACCAUGGCAUUUCUUUUUUGUUACAUUUUAUAACUCUGCCAUUUUGCUAGCAUCAAAAAAAAUUGAGAAGUCUAUUCUGAAUUUUAAAUACAGAACUAAAUUGAAAAAUCUGCUCCCAUAUACAUAUUUUGAAAAACAAGCAAAAUGAUAUCCUUUGUGAAUUGCAAAAGUCCCCAAAGCUACAAUUUAGGUGGCUGGUGGAAUAAAAUAAUUAGGGGAGCAACUGAUGGGGAUUAUGGUGCUACCUCAUACAUGGUGCAAAUUUCAGACUUCAUCAUGUCUCCGUUGUGUAUGGGUUAUGGAAUUUAUUUUUAAUCCUAAAGAUGUUUUCAGAAUCUUUUGCACCUCUUCAAGUGCACUUACCUUGUCAUAUCUUAAAUGAUGUCAAUUGAUCUGCUAUGACCUGAAGCCGAUUGUUAGUUUAGUAAGACUAACUGAAAAGUAUAAUAGUGGUAUAAAAUAACAUUGCUGGAAUUUUAACAAAUAUAUAGCAUAUCACUUAUUAGUUUUGUAACAUGUUUGUGUACUGCAGAGCUGCGAGCUUUGUGAAUCUAUAGCUUUCAUGGACACAGACCAAGAUCUUCAAUGACAAAUUGUUAAAAAUUAAUAGAGCAACAUAUGUCAAUAAUUUGAUUAUUUGAAUUAAGCAAUAGAAAAUACAGGAAAUUAUUAAUUUAGUGCUAAAGUAAUUGAAGUAGCUAUAGACUGAAAUAAGUAACAUUCAGUUUUGGAUUGAACUAAAUUGGAUGUGUUAUGAAAGAGUUGAAUAAUAUUUGUGUUCAAUCAACAAUAUAAUACGUUAACAAGUACAUGUCAUGUCUCAUGGUCUCUUUGCCCUCAGUGAGAGUACCUCCGUAUUACCCCACCGAUUUUCUUUCUCAGCAAAGGAAUUUUUUUUUUUAAGUUCAGCUUUCUGAUUCCAGGAAACUUGCACAAGUAAAGGUAGUUACCAGAAUAUGAAAGAGUUCAUGCUAAUUAAUGUAUUCCCUUGUCAUUGGACACUGUUACGGAAAUGUUUAAUAAUUUUCCCUUUAUGCCUUUUACCUUGGAUUAUGUUUGAAAAAUCAAUACAUCUAGAGAAUAGUACUUCCAUUUCCCUUAGCAGGCAUUUGAUGCAUUUUCCCAGUGUUUUCUGACAGCACGGUUGGUUUAUAGGAUUAUAUGUUACAACUGUGUUUUAAAAUAAAAAGCUCAUUCCAUGAUUCUAACCCAUCUAAAAGUCUGAAUCAGAUAGGUGGGAGACUGCAGUUUUAUUGUUGAGUAUUUAGCAGGAUAUAAAAUAUUAUCCUUAAAUGCUUGUGAAACUAAUACAGUUCAAAUGAAAUAGAUGCAAAAUCUUUCAGGAUUUCAUUUUAGAAAGGAAAGAUGGUAUAAAAAUGUAUUUUUAGAUUGGAUGUAGUGGUUCCUUUGAAUGAUAAACAGGCCAAGGAUAGCUUUUAUUUGUGACAGUUCAGUUUCACAAUAUUUUCAGUAGUCCAACAUAAAAAGAAAGGAAAGGGAUGUUGUCUCUUUAAGAGUAAAAUAUGAAAGGGCCUGCCAUACCUUUUGUAACACUAACACUUUGUUCUACUCUGUGUUUUAUAAUAAUAUUUCAAACUAUUAAAGGUAAAUAUACUGAAACUGAGAAUAGCUGACAGGUAUUUGUGCCUUGCCCAGGAGUCAUUUUCUUGACAAUUAUAAAUGAGUGAAUACCAUUUUGCUGUUUCAAAUUAAAAAGAAACAUGAUUUUCAAACAAGUGGCCUUCAGUGCUAUUUCUAUGUUUUGUUAUCUAUAUUUCUAAUCAACCUAUUUGAAUUGUUCUUGUAACCUAUAUUCUCAACUGCCCAACCUUUUGGAAGAUGUAUGGUUGUUUCUUUACUGUAUGUAUUAUUUAGACCUAUAUUUAAGAUUAGUGAUUCUAUUCUUUUCAUUACAAUAGCAACAGUUAUAAAUAAAUGGAUAUUAAACAGUCCUGUGUUCUUCUGAUGUAACAUGCAUUCCA